AUGGAGGCAGAAGGCAGGAGCAGGACAGAGCUCGCUCUCCCCACUCCACGGGAGCCCGCCAGUGCAUCUGAAAUUGAACUUGCAGAAGUGUCUCUCCAGGAAAGUGUCUUAAUGGAAAAGCCUGCCCCAACCGCACCACGCCAAACGUGGCUGACUGUUUUGAAGAGAGAGCUGGAAUUCCUGGGGGUAACACAAAUUCUGAUUGGUUUGAUAUACCUUUAUUUCGGAAUAAUUGUGAGCUCCGAGAUCAAUGAUUCAGAGUUUACUGAAAACUUUUUUUCAUCAUUUAAAGCGGGCUACCCAUUCUGGGGAGCCCUAUUUUUUGUUAUUUCUGGAAUUUUGUCAAUCAUGUCUGAAAAGAAACCUUCAGUAUAUCUGAUCCGAGGAUGCCUGGGAGCAAAUGCGGUUAGCAGCGUAGCCGCGGGGACAGGCGUUGGCAUCCUCAUCAGUAACCUCAAGCAGAGCUCCACUUAUGUCUACCGCUGCAAGGAGGUCUAUGAGAAUGACUACUGCUCCCUGGCCUGCUUCUCCACUGAGGUUGUGGCGAUAAUCCUGCUUCUCACCAUCCUGGGCUUUGGCAGCGCUGUGUCACUCAUGGUUUAUGGAAUUGGUGAAAUAAUUGAAGGAAAUCAGAUUCCAGAAGAUCGUCUUUAUGAAGAAGUAAAUAUAUAUUCACCGAUUUACAGUGAGUUGGAAGAAAGAGAGGAGACAGCUUCUCCUGCUGAUUCGUAA